AUGAUCGACUUGAUAUGCAAUGAUAUAUUAAUGACAGCGUCCGAAAACAGCAGCAGCAGCCAGUCGAUUUCUGCAACCGAACAGCGGACGGGUACGAGCCUAGCUCACCAGUCCCUCGUGAAAAAUUUACCUCCCAACCGAAUCUACCCAACUCUAUCCCCCGGCCCAGUACUGGCGGAAUGGGUACCCAAGGCCAUCGGCAUUGGCGCGCAUCACUCUUCUGACGUUGGAAGGAAGCAAGAGAGCGAAUCAAUAUCGUGGGGAGGGGAGGUGGAAGAGGGUUUGUUUGUAUGCGUCUCCACAGUGUAG